AUGAGGCAUGCAUUCCGGCACCCCGCCUCGCCAGCAGCAGUGCAGGCGCCCCCGAGUGUUUUCUCCUACACGGAGAUAGAACUGGAGACCGGCCCGGGGAUCAGCGUCCACAACCUGAUGCCGCAGAUUCGCGCGGAGGUGGAGCGGCUGGGCGUGCAAGAGGGCUUCGUCAACGUGCUCAGCAGGUGGUACCUGCGGAAGCUGGCGCCCGCCACAGACUCAUACCUCCACAACGACCUCCACCUGCGGGAGGCGCCAGAGGCAAGCAGGGGAGGGGCAGAGGCAGUGGAAGGCUGGCCGGGCGGCUGGGAGGCGUGGGCGGCGCAGGAGCCGGAGAAUGCCCACAGCCACCUGCUGAGCCUGAUGCUGGGCAACUCCGAGACUGUGCCUAUCAGCAAGGGCGAGCUCAAGACCGGCGUCUGGCAGUCUGUCAUGCUGGUGGAACUGGACGGGCCUCGCAAGCGCACGACGUGCGCGGGGCUGUCCUACUCUUUCUCAAUUUAUGGGCCGGCCCUCAAGGAGCGACUAAACCUCAGCCAGGUGGAGAUUGCGACUGUCGGCAGCGCAGUCAACUUUGGCGGGUAUUUCGCGAUCGUCAGUGGCGCAGUCUAUGAUGCAACAAAGCACCACCACCGUAUUGGGCCCAGGCUGGUCAUAGCUAUGGGCUCUGUGUGCUGCCUGUGCGGCUACCUCGGUCUCUGGAUGACCGCCUCUGGCCGCGCGGAGGGCGGCCUGGCGCAGCUGCUAGUGUUCGCCGUGUGCGCCGGCAACGCGGGGGUCUGGCUUGACACGUCGGCGCUCGUCACAAACGUGCGCAACUUCCCCAACAGCCGCGGCUUCGUGGUGGGAAUCUUGAAAUCGUUCCUGGGGAUGUCCGCCAGCAUCUACACCACCGUCUACAUCGCAUUCUUUGCGCCAGACGCGAUCACGUUCCUGCUGCUACUCGCCCUGGCGCCCCCCCUCAUCAACACCCUCAUGAGCCUGGGGAUUAACUACGUGCCCUUUGUGGAGGCGUCCGAGCAGCACAGCGCGCCCGUAGGCAGCAGCAACGCCAUCAGCACAGAGCGCAGGUUCAUGCUCGCCUUCUACCUCGUCGCCGCCAUCGCCGCCUACCAGUGCGCCUCCGCCCUCGUCGUCUCCAGCGAGCACCUCUCCCCACACGCGCGCGCCGCGCUCGCCGCCGGCUGCCUCGGCCUUGUGGCACUCGUCGCGCUGCUGCCCCUGGGCACCGGGGGGUGGUGGGCGGUGUACGGCCACGACCACCUGGCAGACGACGCCCCAAACGUGGAGGACUCGUUCCCGUGCGCCGACGACGACGAGGAUAACGAGGAAAACGGCGAAGACGGCCGCGGCUGCGCGGCCGCGGGCGCGGCGGCGCCGGAGCGGGCGCCGCUGCUCGCGGCGCGCCACGGCCACGGCGAGGAGCGCGAGCAGCACGAGCAGCAGCAGCAGCAGCAGCAGCAGCUGCAGCACCCGCCGCUGCCGAGCCUCUCGACUUUGCAAAUGACGUGUACAUUCGAGUUCUGGUGCAUCUUCCUCCAGUUCUGCGUCGGCUCUGGCGCCGCGCUGGCGCUGCUGAACAACAUGGGGCAGGUGGUGGUCGCGCUGGGGGCGCCGCCGGGGGCGCACGUAGUCCUGGUGUCGCUUUUUUCUGUCGCCAACGCCGCAGGCCGCCUGGUGAUGGGCUACGUGCCGGAGGCCUUCUUGCACAGCAGCGGCACGCCCAGGCCGGUGUUCCUCGUCAGCGUAGCCGCGGGCAUGGCUCUGGCGACACUGGCGGCCGCCUACUGUACGCUUGCUGAGCUGUACAUCGUGACGGUGGUUGUGGGCCUGCUGUUCGGCGGCCACUGGAGCCUGGCGCCGGCGAUCAGCGCCGACUUGUUUGGUCUUGCCAAUUUCGGAUCCAACUACACUUUCCUUCAGUUUGCCCCGGCCUUUGGCAGCUACUUCCUGGCUACCCGCCUGACCGGCCGCCUCUACGAUAAAGCGGCUGCCGCCCACGGAGACCCUACUAGCUGCGUCGGCCCGGACUGCUUCAGGGAGGCGUUCCUGAUACUGGCCGCAAUGGCUGCGGCCAGCACCUUGGCGUGUGUCGCGUGCACCAUCAGGAGUGGGCCGACGUACAGGCUGCUGGUCAAGCACUUCAAGCAGGUGGAGGAAAACGAGGCCCGCCUCGGCCUGUGA